AUGGGUCUCAACACUCACUUGCUCAAAGCGAUUACACGAAAAGGCUUCUCCGUCCCGACUCCGAUUCAGCGAAAGACGAUUCCUCUCAUUCUGGAUGGACAAGAUGUGGUUGGCAUGGCGAGAACAGGUUCGGGAAAGACGGCGGCAUUCGUGAUACCCAUGAUUGAAAAGCUCAAGUCGCAUAGUGCCAAAGUCGGGGCAAGGGCGAUUGUGCUGUCACCGUCACGAGAACUGGCAUUGCAGACAUUGAAGGUCGUGAAGGAGAUGAGUCGAGGGACAGAUCUUCGGACAACGUUGCUGGUGGGAGGAGACAGCCUGGAAGAGCAGUUCAGCAGCAUGGCCAGCAAUCCAGACAUCAUCAUCGCUACACCUGGACGAUUCGAGCAUCUCAAGGUUGAGAUGAGCUUGGAAUUGUCCAGCGUGAAGUAUGUGGUGUUUGAUGAAGCUGACAGACUAUUUGAGAUGGGUUUCGCCGCUCAGUUGCUCGAGAUCAUGCAUUCCCUUCCUUCGAACAGACAGACUCUGCUAUUCUCCGCCACUUUGCCCAAGUCGCUCGUCGAAUUUGCCCGAGCCGGUCUCCAGGAUCCGAAACUUGUGCGUCUGGAUGCGGAAAGCAAGAUUGCGCCAGGUCUCCAGAGCGCAUUCUUCACUGUCAAGCGUGCGGAAAAGGAGGGCGCGCUUCUGAACAUUCUCCAAGACAUCAUCAAGAUGCCGACAGGAGAGACAGUGGCGAGCAAGAAGGCAAAGGAACCCAAGCAAAGAGACAACAAGAAGCGAAAGCGCGGUGCAGACGGUGUACCUGCAGGUGAGAUGCCUUCCGAGCACUCCACGGUCAUCUUCGCUGCGACCAAGCAUCAUGUCGACUACCUCGCCAAUUUUCUCAAAGCUUACGGAUACGCCACUUCGUACGUUUACGGAUCUCUAGAUCAGACAGCACGAAAGAUGCAAGUUCUGGACUUCCGUACUGGCAUGACGAACAUCUUGGUUGUGACAGACGUGGCUGCUCGUGGUCUCGAUAUUCCCAUUCUCGCCAACGUCAUCAACUACGACUUUCCCUCACAGCCAAAGAUAUUCGUCCAUCGUGUUGGAAGAACUGCUCGUGCCGGAAAGGAAGGAUGGAGUUACAGCUUGGUGACCGGGCAGGACAUGCCAUACCUGCUUGAUCUACAACUAUUCCUCAGCCGCAAGCUGAUUGUGGGCAAGGUCGAGAAGGAGCCGGGCAUGUUCUCUAACAAUAUCGUGGUGGGAGCCAUGCCAAGAGACAAGAUGGAGCGGUACUGUGAGGAGGCGCUUAAGUUGUUGGAAGAGGACGAUGAUCUUACUGCGAUGCGUGAAGUGGCUGGCAAGGGAGAGAAGCAGUACUUGCGAACACGAAACUCUGCAUCGGCGGAGAGUGUGAAGCGUACAAAGUCAAUCCUGCACACCGAAGACUCCGCUGCGACGAAUGUGCUUUUCGACGAUGGCCAGGACGCUUCACUAGAACAGCAAAGACUGGACAUGCUCGCACGAGUCAGCGGCUUCCGACCUAACGAGACCGUCUUUGAGUUCGGGCAAAGAGGCAAGCUUAAUGAAGCAGCAGAGAUGAUGAAGAACCGCCGCGCGAAAGUGCAGCCGAAACGUCAACAAGCGGACCCAGACGAACUCGACGAAGCCGCAAAUGCAUCCCGCAAUCCCGACGUAGAAGACGCCUUCUCCGAUUCCGAGGAGGAGCUUAUCCUCACCCAACCCAAUGCAGACGACAUGGCCGAAGCCUCGGACUCCGAGAUCGAGAAGACCUUCACAACACCCUCCGAAGAAGCACUCAUGGGCGGCAAGAAACGCAAAAAAGCCAAUUGGCAGGACAACGAGCACUUCAUGUCCUACACACCCUCCACACUCAACCUCGCUGAAGAUCGCGGAUACGGUGUGCACUCCGGUGGUACCAAUGCUACGACUGGCAACCCACACUUUCUCGAAGCUGCCCGCGGUGCAACGAUGGAUUUGACGAAUGAUGAGAGCAAGUCCUUCCAGGACGCAACAAAGGCGAAGGGCUUGAGAUGGGACAAGAAGAGUAAGAAGUACGUUGCACGCGCAAACGACGAAGACGGAUCCAAGGGAGCGAAGAUGAUUCGCGGAGAAUCAGGGCAGAAAAUCGCUGCGUCCUUCAAGUCUGGCCGCUUCGAUGCCUGGCGGAAAGCCAAUCGCGUGGAGCGGAUGCCUCGGGUCGGUGAGAUGGAGAAGGCAGGAUCGCAUUUCAGCCAGGGUGUUGGAGGUGGUGGUGUUAUCGGUGGUGGAAAGAGGUACAAGCAUAAGCAGGAGCGGGCGCCUAAGGAGGCGGACAAGUACCGCGAUGAUUAUGAAGUGCGGAAGAAGAAGGUGGAUGCGGCGAGGGAGAAGAGAGUGGGUAGAUUUGCGGAGGGCAAGGGGAAGAGUGAGUUGAGGGGCGCGGAGGAUGUGAGGAAGAUUAGGAAGUUGGCGGAAAGGAAGAAGGAGAAGAAUGCGAGGCCGCAGAGGAGGAGGUGA